UCAUGUCAGGACCACAGGAUUCUUUGAGCAUCUUAGAUUGAGUGCAGACACACAAUUUCGAUCAUGUACCUCUAUCUGACAACCGCUCUGAUUGCUCUUCACCUGAUUGGCCGAGGUGCCAGUCAUCCGUCCGAGAGGGCUGAGAUGCCUCAGAAGUCACCCGUCGAUGUCAUUGUGGAGACCAAGGAAGGGUUUGGAUUUAACCUCAUCCAGCGAAGACUCAUAGAUGCUCUUCAUCCAAAACCCAUACUAGACACCAUCACUGAAGAAGAAAAGUAUGGUAACAGAAUGGAACAUAACAUUGGGAAAAAAGUGGUGAAGGCUGUUGAGGGAGUUUCUAACCUUGUAAACUCAGCUUUCAGGGUGCCAGAAGAGAUUGCAAAAAGGGGAUCAACGAAGUUAACAGAGGUUCUAGACAAUAUUGGAGGGAAAAUAGUUGGGCUACAAAAAUGAUACACUUAUUGAGAGAAAGUAUUAACUGGUAAAA